AUGUCCUUAGAGCGUUGGCUGUGCUCAAGCCUUACCCUCAUCGCGGGCUUGAAUCCCGCCGGGGCCGUCGAGUUUUCACAAGUGAGUCAAAUGAAUUAUUCAAAUCUCCCAAAACACCAAUAAAUCCAAGUGUAUUUCAUAGAAAACAUGCACGAAAGCGUUAUUUUUUCGUACUCAUUUGGCGGCAAAUCACCUCGUUUUCACAUUUAGUACCCAAGGAAAGGGAAUAGUUAGGUUUUUGAAAAGUUCCUAGUUAUGGGGUUUGAAGGCUGUUCAGUGCUCAUUCGAAUAAAGUCGUAUCCGCCCACCUAUUAAUAUUUUUAGGAAGUAUUACCCAUAGUUCACAUACAAUACAAAGUUUUAUGAGCUCUGCAUGGUAUCUUCUGACGGUAUAGACGAGUAUAUGAUUUCCUCUAAACGGAAAGAAUAAGGCAUCUAGAUCUAAAACCCUGGAUGCUAUGGCGAAGCGGACUCAAAAGUAUCCGAGAAUUAAAAGAACCCUUUUAAACCCAAAUAUACCUUUACCUUUAAUUUGAAAUUUAAAGACAAAAUAAUUUGCUGCCAAAUAAACGCAAUAAAGAGUAUUUUCAUGCGAAUUUUCCACAACGUAUAUCUGAAUUUAUUGGCAUUUUUGGCGCAUUUGAGUAAUUACAUACAGUAGAAUAGAUAUUUUAGAUUAUGGGGAGGCCGAAAGUCAAUAUAAAAAUCAUACCGCCUAGGUAGUCAUUUUAUACUCAGUGCAGUUCUUGCUGGCAGCCGAAACAAAUGCAAAUCAAGGCUAAAAUCCUGGCGCGUCGGAAAUAUCAUGGCUGCAUGGCAAUCGAUGUUAUAACCCCACAGAAGUAAUCCUUCCUAAUCGAAAACGCAUUCUAGCGUUUCGGCCAACAUUUCAUGUGAUCGAUCACUGACUGUAGCCCCUACUCACUUUUUAACGAUAAUUGAACUCCGAACGCUUGUCGUAGCGCCUGUGUGAUCUCUUGUACAUGGUCGAGUGGCUUUAAGGACUGUGCGCGCGCCUGUACGUACAGGGAUUGUGUGCGUAUGCUAUGCCACGCUUCAGCAAAACAUCGCUCUCGGAGUCUAUUGUGUGCCGGUAGUUCGCCAGCACCUGAUUCUCUGCCGGUGGAUGCGUUUGCGCCCUCGCUGGGUAUACAGGCAGUGUGCAUGGUUGUUCAGCGAUUUGUGUUGUUGGUUAAAAUCCCGAUCAGGUGUCUUUUUAUGUACCCGGAGGUGUGGUGGUACGCCUAGGUGCGGGCCCAGCCGCGUCAGCCACCUGCGUCCUCUCCCACGUUCGGCCUUCUUAACCAUGUCUUGACACCGGGCUCAGGCGGCGGGGAAGGAGGAGAGAGUGCAGUGCGUGUUGUGCAAGUCUACUACCACUAUAAACUAAUUCCUGCACAAGUCAGCGUGUCUUCUCACCUUGCUGUCGGCAAUGAUAGUCGACCUGUCACUGGUGACCUCCUGUUCGCAGGCGUCCUUCCGUUUGUUUGUCUUCUGCCUUGUAGGACCCGUCAGGAGGAAGCUCGGUGGAACAGCUUACCCCUGAGGAGGCGAAACACAGGCGGGAUUUCGAGGCCAAACGCAAGGCACACUACAACGAGUACCAAACUGUGCAGCAAAUUAGGCAUAAGCAUCCCAGCGAGAGUGAGGAUGACACCGACGAGGAGAUGGAUCCCGUGGCUCUACGCAACGCCCAGCUGAACGCCCAACUGGGGAAGUUACCACCGCCGCCUUCACCAGGGGAGAAAGGCCAAUCAAAGUAG